AAUUAAAUUAAUAGCCACACCCCUUGUAAAGAUGGCUGCAGCUUUAUCUCCUCCACCUCCUCCUUCCAGCGACUUGUGUUUCAAUCCUAAUGUGUUUAUAUCAGAGACUUACAGUGUGGAUGAGUUUGUUAGUGAGUGCAGGCGUCACGUUACAGUUGAGCACUUACACGAAGACCUGAGGUCUUAUUAUCAAACACUAAAGACUGCCAUGAUUGAAUUAAUUAACAAAGAUUAUUCUGACUUCCUUGACCUUUCUUCUAACUUGGUGGGAAUGGAUAAAGAAAUUGAAAGAUUGACUGUACCUCUUUCACAAUUGCGUCAAGAAAUUUUGAGUAUCAAGUCAUCAAUGGACUCUGUUAUCAAAGAGCUAGACAUCAAGAUGGCUGCCAGAUCAAAACUACAAGAGAAGAAAGUUGCUGUGCAUAGGUUAAUGAUAGUAAUGGAGAGUGUUGAUUUAUUGGAGACGUUACUAAUGAACAGUCCUGAUCUGAAUAGUAUGAGUAAUAAUGAAUUGGAUAGAAUCGCUAUGGAGUAUAACAAGUUACAGUAUAAUGCUAGUUUGAUCACUGAUAUACAGGCAAUAAAGGAUUUACAUCCAAGAAUAGGAAAGAUUACUGAUCAGAUUCAGUCAAUAUUAGAGGAAUUUUUUAUAAAGUCUGUUUCAUCACAAGAUCAUCAACUCCUCAUUCACACAUUAGAAAUAUACUCACUGAUAUCACGCCAUUCUGUGGCUGAGUCUCUCUUUCGUGUAUCCUUCAUUCGACCUUCAUUAGAAAAAAUAAUAUCUUCAAAGGCUGUAUUAACGCACCCUCAAGGAAUCAGUGGCAUGUAUUCUCAGGUGUUGGGUGUGAUUAAGAAAGAAUGCCAAUUUCUGAUUGAAGUGUGUGAUGGAAUACAGGACAGGGAGGGAGGAGAAUCUCAAUCUGGUUUCGAUUUCCUUGUUAACAGUGUUUGGCCUGAAAUUGUCUCGUUAUUUGAAGCUAAAGCUAGCCUUGUAUUUGCACCUGGUAAUCCUGACAACUUUCAUAAAAACUAUGUGUCCAGUAUGGAGUUUGUGGAUCAGUUUGAGUCUCAGUGUCACUCACUGUCUGAAGUAAAGCGUUUCAGAAAUCAUUCCAGCUACCAUCAGUUUAUGAAUAAAUGGAGUCUACCUGUUUACUUCCAAAUAAGAUUCCAAGAGAUUGCUUCACAGCUUGAAUCAGCACUGCAACUUCCACUGGAGGAAGUGAAGGAUGGUGACAGCCCCUAUUCAUUACAAGUGUUUGUAGUACUGACAGAGUGUAUUACCUCUUGUUGGUCUGAUGGUAUAUAUCUCUCAUCUCUUGUCCAUCGGUUCUGGAAACUAACUCUACAGCUGGUGAUCAGGUUGGGGGUAUGGCUUAAGGAGCUUUUGGACUCACAAAAGCCUCUUUCUGUUACUGAAUGUGUAAAGCUUGUCACAGAUAUUGAGUCAUUUAUUGACAAGGGCAAAGUGUUUUCCGAAGCCGGAGGAAUGAAGGGGAAGCUAGAUAUAAUAUCUUGUGAUUCGUUAAGUCUUACAAGAGCCUUCCUCCAAACAUGUGAUAAUAGUGUGAUGUCUUUAGUACCCAGAUUUGGUGAUAUGGUAAUUUCAAGCCUCACACGUCAGUGUGCUGAAAAUUUGGAAUCAGUACAAACUAUACCUCGUCUUUUUCGUAGAACUAAUCGAGAGGUCCCAUCAAAGCCCUCUGGUUAUGUAUCAACAGUAUUGAAGCCAGUCUCUCUCAUUGAUGUUACAAUGGGGCAUGGCCAUGAGUGGGGGAAGCAAGUUAUUGAGAAUGUCACUGAAAAAUAUCAUGAGGUCACAUCAGAAUUGCUGAGUAAUGUAAAGCGAACAGAGGACAGUUUAAUGAAACUAAAGAGAAGCAGACGUUCACUUAUACCAGAGACAUCUAGUGGCAUGAGUGAUGAUAAUAAAAUACGCCUUCAGCUCUCAAUCGAUAUUGAAGCUUACAUAUCGCAAAUCCAUAGCCUCCUACCUACAGUGGAUGUAUCUAUAUUAAACAAGUUAGAGGAAAUUGGAAGGUCAGCAAGGACAGCAUCACUAAGCACGACUGCUGUGGCAGACUGAGAAUGACCAUUUGGCACAUGUUAAUGUAUAGUUUAUUCAUUGAUCAAGCCAAAUGUGGUUGAUACAUGCAUACAACAAUAUUUUGCAAUGUGUCUCAUAAUUAAUUUUUAAAAUUUUCACCUGAAGAUAAAAUCGUGACACUGUCAUCCACAAAAA